GCGCACGGAAUCAGCGCCGUCAUUUACGCUUUUCACAGAGAAGCGCUAACCUGCAGCAAACAUCUGUGAAUCAAAUGGGCAAGAGUGUAUAAAUAUCAUCAGUGAAGAGGGAGGCAGCAGCAUCAGUGGUCCUCCCCACAUCUGGAGUCAGCAGCAAGCAGGCCUCCACUCGGGCUGCAGCUACAAUGGGACCGCUGAGUGUCCUGGCUCUGUCCAUGCUCCUCCAGGCUCAGUUUGCAUCGGCUUGGACGGUUAAUAAUUUCCUCAUGACUGGCCCAAAGGCUUUUUUGAGCUACGUUAGCAGCGUGCAGGCAGGCGCGCAGAGUGGAAUAAAAGAGUGCAAACAUCAGUUUGCUCUGGAGAGGUGGAACUGUCCAGAGAGCACACUUCAGUUAUCCACACACAAAGGCAUCCGAAGCGCAACAAGGGAAACGUCUUUUGUGCACGCCAUCAGCGCAGCUGGAGUGAUGUACAUGCUUACCAAGAACUGCAGUUUGGGAAACUUUGACAAUUGCGGCUGCGACGAUUCCAGAAUUGGGCAGACAGGAGGUAGCGGAUGGAUCUGGGGCGGUUGCAGUGACAAUGUGGCAUUUGGAGAAAAAAUCUCCAGACAGUUUGUGGACGCACUGGAAGAUGGACACGACUCACGCGCAGCAGUAAACCUCCACAACAACGAGGCGGGUAGAUUGGCCGUCAAGGCGACCAUGAGGAAAACCUGUAAGUGCCACGGAGUUUCUGGCAGCUGCAGUAUCCAGACGUGCUGGAUGCAUCUCGCUGACUUCAGGGAGGUUGGCAGCUACUUAAAGAUGAAGCACAAACACGCCAAGAAACUUGAAGUGGACAAGAACCCGGCGAGAGCGGGGAACAGCGCGGACAACAAAGGCGCCAUAGCGCUGGCUUUCCGGAGCAUUGCCAGAACUGAACUCGUUUACCAAGAGGACUCUCCAAACUACUGCGUCAAGAAUCAGAGUCUGGGCGUGCAGGGCACAGAGGGACGGGAGUGUCUGAAGGGCGACAAGACCGCGUCCCAGCGGGAGAGGAGGAGCUGCCGCAGGCUGUGCCAUGAAUGCGGCCUCCAAGUAGCGAAGAAACGCGUGGAGGUCGUCAGCAGCUGCAACUGCAAGUUUCACUGGUGCUGUACAGUAAGGUGUGAAAGAUGCGCACAAGUGGUCACCAAAUAUUAUUGCACGCGUAAAGCAGGGAGAAGGGAGCCCAUUAAGACGAGGAGCAGGCUGCAGGUGCGCCGACGGUGACUUUAAGGAUGAUGAGGAGAAAUC